AUGAUCCUGGACCUGGAGCGCGUGCUGGAGUCACUCGCCGCCGCGGACCGCGCGGAGGCGGCCUACUUCCUAAAGAGGGUCAACAAGCUGUGGCGUACGGUCAACGCCACCAUGCCCAUUCUGGGCGGCAUGCGCGCCUUCGCCGAGUUUCGCACCUCGAUCGGCCCAACCAGCGGCUUCCAGUCGUUCCAGUUCCGGCGCCUAGAGAUCAUGAGUGGCGUUCCCCGCUACUGGCAGGGCGGAACCGCCGAUGCGACGGGUGCGGUCCACGUCGCCGAAAGUGAGUUCGAGAGGCGUUACGGCGCCCAAGUGGCCGAAUGGCUGGAGCGCUACCGGCACCACGGACUGACCCACUACUACCGGCAGCUUCUGGAGAGUACGGCCAUCGAGGAUGUCUCCGCAGCGCUGGCGAAUCUGCGCCGAGACGACGCCACGGCAGCGCUGCUCGCCGACUUCGCCGCCUACGAUCGCCAUCAACUUCAGUUUCAUCGUGCGCACCUGCAGUUGGCGACACGGCAGCUUGAAAUCGUCGGCGUCGAGGUCGGGACCGGCGGAACGUCCUUCCGCGACUACCUGCAGACCUACGACAAGACCGCGUCCGAGGACUUCGGCGCCUUCGUCGCCGGACCGCGGCGUUUCCUGAAGGGGCAAGCAGACGGCCCGCUGACGGGUCUGACGUUCGUCGCCAAGGAUCUCUACGACACGGUCGGCGACGUCACUGGAGCGGGUAACCCCGACUGGGCAGCCAGCCAUCCGCCGGCCGACCGCACCGCCAGCCUGAUCGAAACCCUGCUCGCGGCCGGCGCGGAUCUGGUCGGCAAGACCCACACGGACGAGCUUUCGCGCGGCAUCUUCGGGCUGAACGCCCACUACGGAACGCCGCUCAACCCCGCUGCCACGGAUCGCGUUCCAGGCGGCUCCUCCAGCGGUUCGGCGGCGGCCGUCGCCGGCGGUCUGGCCGAUAUCGGGCUCGGCACCGACACCGGCGGCUCGGUCCGCGUACCGGCGGCCUACUGCGGUCUCUACGGCCUGCGCUGCAGCCACGGCCGCCUACCCUUCGACGGCGUGCUGCCGCAGGCGCCCAGCUUCGACACGCUGGGCUGGAUGACCCGGGAUGCGGCCACUCUCCGCCGGGUCACCGAGGCCGUGUUCGGCAGCUGCACGAACAAGCCGUUUCGGCUGGUGCUGCCGGACGACGCCUGGGCUGUGGCGAGCGAGGAGACACGGCAGGCGCUGCAACCGCAACUCGACAAGCUCACGCUGGCCGCGACGGAGGUCACGCGGACGACGCUCGCCGACGAGGGACUGACGGUCUGGCGCGACCGUCAGAUCGCGCUGCAGCAACGCGAGGCCUGGGCGAACCUGCAGAGCUGGAUCCUCGAGAAGAAUCCACGCUUCGCCUACAACGUCGCCGCAAACUUCGCGGCUGGUGCCGCAUUGGAUCCGCAAGUCCACGAAGCCGCAGUCCAUGGCUGGCCGUCAAUGCGCAGCGCCGUCCUGGAAGACCUGGACGAGGACACUGUGCUUUGCCUGCCGACCGUUCCCGAUCCGGCCCCAAAGCGAAGCGCCUCCGCGACCGAGGCCUACCGCGACUGGCCACGGAUCGCUCAACUCACCUGCAUCUCGGGCCUCGCCGGAACGCCGCAAGUCACGAUGCCGGCCGGUCGGGUUGCCGGCGGCCCGGUCGGACUGUCUCUCAUCGCCGAACCGGGCGGAGACAGCGACCUGACAGCUCUUGUGGAAAGCCUCUCUGACUGA